UAGAUUAGGUCCACAAGUUACACCUUUUUGGGGUAUUUUCUUUUGACUUUUGUGAGGAUUCCGUGUCCCGCAAGCAUAUUCCUAAGUACCUCUUCUUAUUAUAUCCUUCAAGCAACCCUUUUUAUCAUUUUCACAUCUUUCAUUCUUCUUCUUCUUUGUGUAGUAAAAGGUCUCAUCAAUAACCUCCUGAGAUGAAGCGUGAAGGCAAGCAACACGGUAUGGUUAGAACCUACAGGAUCCUGCCUCCGUCGCUGAAUCCAAGACCGGAAGCCAAGUUGGUCAACCCUUUGACCUGUCGUCCAACCGCCGGUUUAUUUACCAAAGUGUCAUCUAAGCCGACUAAUCACUCCAAGUUCACCGGAAAGUGUGGCCAGGCAAGGUGUCUUGAGUGCCACAUGCAUCCCAUCACCAAGUCCAAAGUCAAAAGUAAAGGGUCUUCCAAGGUGAGAUCAAAUGACGUCACCUAUAAGAUGCUGACUUGGCAGGUUGCUUCUGGUGGGCACAGACCCGGUUUGAAGCUUUCCGGGUUCUCGGCUACUGGACUUCUUGAUCUUAUGUCUGAUGAUUAUGGUUAUGAUCAUGAUUAUCAAUCUGAUGAAGAAGAAGAAGAAGAAGAAUACAUAGGAAGUGUUGUAGAGGAAAUUGUGGAUAUACAGAGUGAUGAUGAUGAUGAUGAUGAUGAUGAUGAUGGGGAAAAAGGAGAGGAUGUGUCUCAUGAUGAUAGUGAAAAGGAAGAAUAUGGGUCUCCUGUUGCUGCUGCUGAUGAUGAUGGAAGGAUGAGUUUCUGUGAUGUGGGGGUGAUGAUGAUGAUGAUGGAUCAUGUGGAAGAAUUUGAUGAAGAAGGAUGGUGUUUGGUUGAAGAAAUGAUGACUUAAUUGAUCUAUUUGAUUUAUUCCCCCCAAAUAAUUGUAUUUCCUUUUGCUUUGUAAAUUGUUUUAAUAACUUUGGGGGAUGAAUGAUUAUUAUCUAUGUAAAUGUGAUUUAUUAUUUAAAUCAAAAACUAUGAUUUGUAAUUAUAAUAACUUCUGUAAACUUGAAACAUCUACUUACCAACU